AUGAAAUUUGUACUCAAAGAUGAUGUCACAUACAAUUACAAGCUGAAGGUAGAGAAGACCGGGGAGCCAGUCAACUCCCACUGCGAGUGUCCUGCAGGGAAAGGAUCACAUUCAACCUGUAAGCACAUCGCUGCGGUGCUGUUGAUGUUUGAGCAUUUUAUCUCAACUGGCAGUGUUCAAGUUGGAAAGAGCUGUACGGAAAACUUGCAGUUGUUCCACAUGCCAAAACAAUCAUACAAAGGAUCACCCGUAACAGCUGCAGAACUAUCGUCAAAAGGAAAAUGGUCUCAGCAUAUGCUGGAAGAUCCAAGGCCACAUAAAUACAGAAAGAUGAGUGGCUACAAUGAUCGUGUGUGCAACAUGAUGACAAACUACUGCUCGAAGUCAUCUCAUAAUAUCGCCCUGAGAUAUCUUCACCCAAAGGCUGAUGUCCACACAGCUGCUGAGGACCAUCACUACCUUAAACAGCCAUUUACAGAGUACAUGGUUGACACGGCACUUAAGGUAACUGAGGAAUCUGCAAAAGAUAUUGAGGCAACGCAUGACCAGAGUUGGAGCCCAGUGUGGCACACAGAAAGAAAGUGGCGCCACAAACUCAAGGUUUGGUGAAGUGACCAAAAUCAUGAACCGAAGAAUUUGGAGAAGUUAUGCAAAUCAAUUGUGUCCUCAAAUAUAUUAUCAUGUAA